ACGAACGAGCCAAUAGGCUCCGGGAGGCAGAGUUGUCCCUGUGGCCGCCAUUAAAGAAAGGAAUCCAUGAAUUCAAAUGGAAACCAGGAGGAACAGAGACCGAAAUAAUGGUUAAAAUGACCGAAAAAAUAUAGUCCAACAUCAGCUUUCGAUCGGUUUUUUACAAGAUGUUUUUCAUUUUUAAAUCGAAUUUGGUGCUGAUGGAGCAAUAGGGGGACGAUUUUAAGCAAAGACCGUUUUAAGCAAAGGGGGAGGGGGAGAGUUGCUUCUUUGCUCUCCCUUUCUUUUUGUUUUAAGAUCAUUUUCGCGUCUUUUAAAAAUUAACUUAACUUAUAGAAGUAUUUUAGCAUAGUCGACGCGGUGGAUUGGAUGCUUUUAUUCUGGAAACUGAUAUUUGUGGCGGACAAGAAGAAUCGAAGGGGUUGUUGAAUUACAUUCCCCAACCGAUUGUUUAAAAAAUAUUCUCGUUGUAGCUUCGCUAGCAGGCUAUAUACAUCUUAGAAAAUAUUUUUGAAAAUCGUUCUUUCUUUCUUGGGAACUGAAAUGAUGGAGUGUUCGAUCUCGCAGUGAAAGGAUGAGUUCUUGUUUUGUACCGAACGGGGCCAGCCUGGAGGAUUGCCAUUCCAAUCUAUUCUGUCUGGCUGACCUGACGGGGAUAAAAUGGAAGCGCUACGUGUGGCAGGGCCCCACCUCGGCCCCCAUCCUGUUCCCGGUGACGGAGGAGGACCCCAUCCUGUGCAGCUUCAGCCGCUGCCUGAAGUCGGACGUGCUGAGCGUGUGGCGGCGGCACCAGACGCCGGGCCGCCGCGAGCUCUGGCUCUUCUGGUGGGGCGACGACCCCAACUUCUCUGAGCUCAUCCACCACGAGCUGACAGGCGAAGAGGACGGCGUGUGGGAGAGCGGCCUCUCCUACGAGUGCCGCACGCUGCUCUUCAAGGCCAUCCACAACCUGCUGGAGCGCUGCCUCAUGAACCGCGGCUUCGUCCGCAUCGGCAAGUGGUUCGUCAAGCCCUACGAGAAGGACGAGAAGCCAAUCAACAAGAGCGAACACCUGUCCUGCUCCUUCUCCUUCUUCCUGCACGGCGACAGCAACGUGUGCACCAGCGUGGAGAUCAACCAGCACCAGCCCGUCUACCACCUGAGCGAGGAGCACCUGACGCUGGCCCAGCAGUCCAACAGCCCCUUCCAAGUGAUUCUGAGCCCGUUUGGGUUGAACGGGACGCUGACCGGCCAGUCCUUCAAGCUGUCGGACCCCCCCACGCAGAAGCUGAUCGAGGAGUGGAACCAGUUCUAUCCCAUCAGCCCCAGCGCCAAGGAGAGCGCCGAGGACAAGAUGGAGGACAUGGACUGGGAGGACGACUCCCUGGCCGCCGUGGAGGUCCUCGUCGGCGGCGUUCGAAUGGUGUACCCAGCAUGCCUGGUGCUGGUCCCCCAGUCCGACAUCCCCGCCGUCGCCCCCCUGGGGCCCUCCCACUGCACAGCCGUCUACCUGGGGGGCCCCCAAGUGCCUGCUUCCCAACGGGACCCCGCCAUGUCCUCGGUCACCCUCACCCCCCCCACCUCGCCCGAGGAGGCCCAGACAGUGGACUCCCAGUCGGCGCAGAAGUGGGUGAAGUUCUCCUCGGUGACGGACGCCUUCAGCGCGGACAGCACCAGUCACCACGGCGGGAAGAUCCCGCGCAAGCUGGCCAGCCAGGUGGUGGAGCGGGUGUGGCAGGAGUGCAAUAUCAACCGAGCCCAGAACAAGCGGAAGUUCUCGGCGACGACCAACGGCACGUGCGAGGACGACGCGGCGGACAGAGCCGGAGUCUGGGACUUCGUGGAACCCGCGCAACGGUCAAACUGCAACUGCUCAAGGCAUAAAAACCUGAAGCAGCGCAUGGGCAACACCCCGGGGCAGCCGGCGUCCGCGGGGCAGCCGGCGCAGCCGCCCGCCAAGCACAAGGCGGCGGAGAAGCCGGAGAAGGGCGAGAAGCUGCAGAAGCGGCCGCAGACGCCGUUCCACCACCGCAGCGCGGCGAGCGAGGACGCGGCGCUGGAGCCCGACGCCCCGGGCGCGCGGCUGGGCAUGCGGGCGCAGGAGGGCGGGCGCUUCGCCGGGCUGAGACCCGCCGACGCCGCGCCGCCCGCCAAGGCCCCCCAGCUGCACGGCGGCGGCGGCGGCGGCGGCGCCAGCUCCGCGGAGACGCCCGGCUCGCCCCAGCCCCCGCCCCUCAGCCCCCACCCCUGCGAGCGCGGGGAGGAGGGGGGCGAGGCCAAGAACCCCUCCACGCCCCACAACCAACACUUCUACCCCCCGCCCGCCUCCGAGCCCUGCCUGGCCCCGCCCAAGGGGCCCGAGGACCCCCGCCUGGACGCCGUGGUCCCGCCCUUCCACGCCGCCUUCCCCGAGCCCCAGGAGCCCGCCGUGUACGUGGGGGCGGCGGUCAACCUGGAGGAGGACGGAGGCCACGCCCCCUGGCGCUUCUUCAUGCUCCCGCGGAGGAAGGACGCGGACUUCCCCACGCCGCAGCUGCCCGGAGACAAGCUGCGCGACGAGGCGGCGGGCGGGUCGGAUUCCGUCGUGUCCGUCACAGAGCUGAUGUCCACGUCCAAGAGGCCCUUGAAGGUGUCGGAGGAGCGGGUGCAGAUGUACCUGCAGAGGAGGAACCAGUACCUGUCGGCCGCCAUCGGCGACGGCGACCACGAGCCCGAGGUGGACCCCUACGCCUUCGUGGAGGGGGACGUGGAGUUCCUCUUCCCCGACAAGAAGGACAAGCAGAGCGGCGAGAGGGAAGUCGGGAAGAAACACAAGGGGGAUGACAGUGGAUCGGGCCCAGCUGAUGACGCGCAGCGUGCGGCCGCCCAGAACCGCACCACCUCCACCAGCCUGAUUCACGAGACGGACCUGGCCGUGUCCAUGAACGACCUGGACAACCUCUUCAACUCUGACGAGGACGAGCUCGCGCCUGGCUCCAGACGCGCUCACAGCGGGGCGGAGGAGAAAUUCGGCAAUAAGGACUCCAAGCCAGCCACACUGGACCCCCUCCCGUGCAUAAGUUCGGCCGACCUGCACCAGAUGUUCCCGACCCCGCCCUCGCUGGAGCAGCACAUCAUGGGCUACUCCCCCAUGAACAUGGGCAGCAAGGACUACGGCAGCAUGGACGCCGUGUCCGGCAUGACCCUGCUGGACGGCGCCUCCUCGCUGGGCGGCCACUUCAAGAUCGAGGUGGAGGAGAGCUUCUGCAGCCCCAAGCCGUCCGAAAUCAAGGACUUCUCGUUCGUGUACAAGCCUGCGAUGUGCCAGCCGUUUGUGGGCUGCACCAUGUUCGCCCCCCUGAAGGCGCUGCCCAGCCAGUGCAUGCAGCCCAUCAAGCUGCCGGAGGAGUGCCUGUACCGGCCCAGCUGGACCGUGGGCAAGCUGGAGCUGCUCAACCCGGUGCCCGCCAUGACCUUCCUCAACAAGGACGGGAACAUCCCCAGCGUGGGCAGCACCAUGGACCCGGAGUACAUCCAGACGUACACGCCCCAGACCCACACGCCCUUCAUGUCCAACAGCGCCCCGCCCAGCAACAGCGGGGCGGGCAUCCUGCCCUCCCCGGCCACGCCCCGCUUCUCGGCCCCCACCCCGCGGACGCCGCGGACGCCGCGCACGCCCCGGGGCCCCUCCAGCGUGCAGGGCUCGCUCAAGUACGAGAACUCGGACCUGUACUCGCCCGCCUCCACGCCCUCCACCUGCCGGCCCCUCAACUCGGUGGAGCCGGCGACCGUGCCCUCGGUCCCGGAGGCGCACAGCCUGUACGUCAACCUCAUCCUGUCCGAGUCCGUCAUGAACCUGUUCAAGGACUGCAACUUCGACAGCUGCUGCGUGUGCGUGUGCAACAUGAACAUCAAGGGCGCCGACGUGGGCGUCUACAUCAGCGACCCCAACUGCGAGGUGCAGUACUCCUGCACCUGCGGCUUCAGCGCCGUCAUGAACCGCCGCUACGGCAACGGCUCGGGCCUCUUCCUGGAGGACGAGCUGGACAUCAUCGGGCGGGGCUCGGACGUCAGCCGCGAGGCGGAGAAGCGCUUCGAGGCGCUGCGCAGCGCCUCCCUGGAGCGGGCCGGCAGCCCCAGGGACCGCGUCCCCGACGAGCUCAUCCUCCUGCUGCAGGACCAGUGCACCAACCCCUUCUCCCCCAUCUCCGGCCUGGAGCCCGACGCCCUGGCCAAGGGGCCCGGGGCCCCCGCCUGCGUGCGCGUGGAGGAGCGGGACUACCACAGCGACUGCUACCUGGCCCUGGAGCACGGGCGCCAGUUCAUGGACAACAUGUCCGGCGGCAAGGUGGACGAGACCCUGGUCAAGAGCACCUGCCUCCACCCCUGGGCCAAACGUAACGCGGUGGACGUCAGCACGCUGUGCUCGCAGGACGUCCUGCGGGUGCUGCUGUCCCUGCAGCCCGUGCUGCAGGACGCCAUCCAGAAGAAGAGGACCGUGCGCUCCUGGGGCGUGCAGGGCCCGCUCACCUGGCAGCAGUUCCACAAGAUGGCCGGCCGGGGCUCCUACGGCACGGACGAGUCGCCGGAGCCCCUGCCCAUCCCCACCUUCCUGGUGGGGUACGAGUACGACUUCGUGGUGCUCUCCCCCUUCGGCCUGCCCUACUGGGAGAAGCUCCUGCUGGACCCCUUCGGCUCCCAGCGGGACGUGGGGUACCUGGUGGUGUGCCCCGAGAACGAGGCCCUGCUCAACGGCGCCAAGACCUUCUUCAGGGACCUGACGGCCGUGUACGAGUCCUGCAGGCUCGGCCAGCACCGGCCCAUCUCCAAAAUGCACUCGGACGGCAUCGUGCGCGUGGGCGGCACCGCCGCCCGGAAGCUGGCCGAGCAGCCGGUGAGCGACUGGUUCCUGAAGGCGACCAGCGGCAGCGGCGACUCCUUCGCCAAGCUCAAACUCUACGCCCAAGUGUGCCGGCACGACCUCGCUCCUUAUCUUGCUUCUCAGUCACUGGACAGCUCCUUACUUGCACAGCCCAACCCCGUUCCUGCUUCCAGCCAAUCGUCAUCCACACAACCCCCAAACAGCUCCUCCUCCUCCUCCUCCUCCACGCCGGGCAGUCAGAGCUCGGCGGUCCCCGGCGGCGGCGGCUCGGGCGCCGCCCCGCCCACCGCGGCGGGCAGCGCACCCCCCUCCGCCCACGCGCCCUCCGGCCAGGGCGGGGCCGGGGCCAUGCAGUCGUCCAAGCCCAGCUCCUUCCCUCCCUUCGGGGCCCCAGGCGGGGGCUCCCAGGCGGGGCAGAACACCGGCGGCUCUGGGGACGCCUCCACUGCCGCCACCUCCCAGACUCAGGGCCCCGCGGAACCGCCCGAGAGCACCAUGGAGCGGGAGAAGGUGGGCGUGCCCACGGACGGCGAGUCGCACGCCGUGGCCUACCCGCCCGCCAUCGUGGUGUACAUCGUGGACCCCUUCACCUACGAGGAGACGGAGGGCUCGGCCCACUCCAGCGUCUGGACCCUGGGGCUGCUCCGCUGCUACCUGGAGAUGCUGCAGUUCCUCCCCCCGCACAUCCGGAACGCCGUGUCCGUGCAGAUAAUUCCCUGCCAGUACCUGCUGCAGCCGGUGCGGAGCGAGGAGAGGCACAUCUACGCCCAGCACCUCAAGUCGCUGGCCUUCUCCGUCUUCUCCCAGUGCCGGCGGCCCCUGCCCGCCUCCACCAACGUCAAAACGCUGACGGGCUUUGGGCCCGGGCUGGCCCUCGACACCUCCCUCAAGAGCCCCGAGAGGCCCGAGUGCUUGCGGCUCUACACGCCGCCCUUCAUCCUGGCGCCCGUGAAGGACAAGCAGACGGAGCUGGGCGAGACCUUCGGCGAGGCCUCCCAGAAGUACAACGUGCUCUUCGUGGGCUACUGCCUGUCCCACGACCAGCGCUGGCUCCUGGCCACCUGCACCGACCUGUACGGGGAGCUCCUGGAGACCUGCAUCAUCAGCAUCGACGUGCCCAACAGGGCCCGGAGGAAAAAAGGCUCUGCCAGAAGACUAGGGCUCCAGAAGCUGUGGGAUUGGUGCCUGGGCUUGGUGCAGAUGACAUCACUGCCCUGGAGGGUGGUGAUUGGCCGCCUCGGACGGAUAGGUCACGGAGAGCUGCGAGAUUGGAGCAUUCUGCUCAGCAGGCGCAAUCUGCAGUCGCUCAGCAGGAGGCUGAAGGAGAUGUGCAGGAUGUGUGGCAUCUCCGCCGCAGACACUCCCAGCAUCCUCAGCGCCUGUCUGGUUGCCAUGGAGCCCCAGGGCUCCUUUGUCAUCAUGCCAGACUCGGUGUCCACCGGCUCGGUGUUCGGACGCAGCACCACGCUGAACAUGCAGACGUCGCAGCUGAACACUCCCCAGGACACGUCCUGCACGCACAUCCUGGUGUUCCCCACCUCCGCCUUCGUGCAGGUGGCCAGCUCCAACUACACUACUGAGAACAUCGACAUCGCCUUCAACCCCAUUAACGACGGACCGGACGCCAUCGGCAUCUUUGACCUGCUGGAGUCCGAGAACGACCUGGUGGACCCCGACAUCAUCAACAUCCUGCCCGCCUCCCCCACCACCUCCCCUGUGCACUCCCCCGGGUCGCACUACCACCACGGGGGGGACAGCAGCAAGGGGCAGAGCACGGACCGGAUGGAGUCCCACGACGAGGCUCCGAACAUCCUCCAGCAGCCCCUGGCCCUGGGGUACUUCGUGUCCACGGCCAAGGCCGGCCCGCUGCCCGACUGGUUUUGGUCGGCCUGCCCCCAGGCCCAGAACCAGUGUCCCCUUUUCCUAAAGGCCUCCCUGCACCUCCACGUGCCUUCAGUGCAAUCCGACGAGCUGCUCCACAGUAAACACUCCCACCCCCUCGACUCCAACCAGACCUCAGACGUGCUCAGAUUCGUCCUGGAGCAGUACAACGCCCUCUCCUGGCUGACGUGCGACCCUGCGACCCAGGACAGGCGCUCCUGCCUGCCCAUUCACUUCGUGGUGCUGAACCAGAUGUACAACUUCAUCACGAACAUGCUGUAGCCGACGGAGCGGGAACCAGCCCUGGGGGACGGGGACGGGGGGGGGGGGACGGAGGGGUGCUAAAAAGGGAUUUUAAAAAAACAGAAAGAAAAACAAAAAAAAAAAAACAACCUGUCUGAUGACUACAGUGCUGGACUUUAUAUGAGUUUGGAACUCUUCCUUGCCAGUGCGAGUGGACGGGCGUGGCGGGCGAUCGAUCCUACAGAGCCAGUACCGUGGAGCCAGAGAGGCCGGCUUCUGUCUGCCGACAGAGACCCCGCAAGCGUGGGAGUGGCCACAGAAGCCCCGCCCCCCCCGGGCUUGCGGCCGUGGUAUCCGUUGCCGUAACAACGCAAGCGGCCAGUCCGCGCCCGGCGUGUCUGUCGAGAAGGGGAAGGAACGGGACGUUCGCAAACGAAGCCAACCGAUUUUGACUCUUCAUUAUAAAGACCUGAAAUUCCUUGUCUUUGGAUGAAAUUGUAUCCAAAUGAAAUGCCUGCAUCUAUCUUAUUUAUUGUAAGUUUUUAAAUGUAUAAUUUGUCUUAUUUCUUAACCUCUUUUAUAUAUUAAAAAAAUCUAGAAGGUUUAUAUCGCCUUCCUGCUUUAAAGCAAUUGGUCUAAAAUAUAUGUAAUCGUCUUAAUUAAAAAACCAACAAAAACCACAAAAAAACAAAAACAAAGUUGCAGUAGGUUGCUUUUAGAGUAUUAUUUUUUGUAAGGGGGGGGGGGACAGAAAUUUGUAUUGUCAUGAUGUACAGAUGAAGUAGUUUUGGGGUGUAUGCCCUUGCCAUUGUGUGUGGGGGGGCUUACGGCUAAGCUGCAGCUUCGGAGUACUUGUACAGCAAUGAAGUUCACUGUGUUCAAAUAAAAAGAGGUACAUUGUCGUAUAUAGUAUUUUAUACCACACAUUUAGACACAAAAAACCAAACGGCAAUAUAUAUAAAUAAUUAUAUAUUAAUGCGGCGCCGCCACGGCUGGUGCAGCUUCUGUUUUAGGAAUAAAGUGCGUCAACUCAA